AACAACAAGAAGCUGCUGCAAAGAGAAGCAUUAUGGCCAGUGUCUUUUGUCCGCCAAAGAAUGACUGAAGCGCCUCUUUCCACUGUACAGCCAACUUUUGUAGUGAUGAGGUUUGACCAGAGAGGAACCGUAACAACAUUUUAGAAGAAGAAGAAUGAACUUUGCCAGGAGCUAAGUCUUCAGGCUAAGGACCUUCGUUUGCACAGUACCAGCCUUGCCACGAGAAACAACUGCAUUAUCAUCCGAAGAUUGAAAGUCAUCACAACCCCACUUUGCCUUUUGGUGUUGGAUUUUCGUGGUCUGGGUUUGUACCGCUGGCUUGUGCUGGAGCUCGCCUCACAGCUUGCUUCACAGACUCACUUGCUGCCUUUUGAGUUCAGUGCUCUGGAGGCUAUUCUGCAGCACAGGGUAAACAAUCUCCAAACCCAAUUGAACAAAGUUGAACCAGUGAUAUUGGACAUUUUGAAAUCUCUGAUGGAUCCAAAAAUCGUGUCUGCCGAUUGAAGUAAACUACACAUACUGCUGCAGAACAGUAAGAGUGUAUCCGAGGUAGAGACGGACAUUGAGGUGUUCAAGGAUUCUUUGUUGAAGAUUUUGGAUGAAGACAAAAUCAUUAAAGAACUAUGUCUUACCAAGGGGACAGACACGAGAGUUUUUGCAGAGAGCAGUUUGGGGAUUAACCAUGCAGAGGAUAUGAAACUUUUGUUGGAUAAUUACGACAUUCAGGCUGAGGAGCUGGGGAACAAGGCCAGGGUGGAGCUGAAAGGUCUGAUAAACGACUCAGAGGGUAUCAUCUUUAUCAAUCUGGACAGCCAUCGAAAUGUGAUGAGGCUUUUGACCAUGGGAACAUUCUCAAUCGGCGUGGUCUUCGGGAUGAACUUGGAUUCGUCUUUCGGAGAAGACCCUCGUGUUUUCUGGCUGGUUACAGGAUUCAUGAUUCUGGGGAGCGGCUUGAUUUGGAGGCGGCUGCUGUCCUUCCUGGGAUGA